CCCCACAAAUACACCUCAAUGGGCCCACAUCGUCUCCUCUACCAGGCUCUGUGCAAAGCCGGAGAUAAAUUUGUCUAUCCGGUGCUUCCAGCAUUCGCCAAGCCGGCUUGGAAUCAUGCGGCCGGUCCGAAAACUGUAUUUUUCUGGGCCCCAACCAUCAAAUGGACUCUUAUCGGCGCUGGACUCGCUGAUUUGGCCAGACCUGCUGAUAAGCUUUCUCUUUAUCAGAACUCUGCUCUCUUCGCCACUGGAGCCAUCUGGACGAGAUAUUGCCUUGUCAUCACCCCAAUCAACUACUAUUUGAGUAGUGUGAACUUUUUCGUCAUGUGCACCGGGCUCGCCCAGCUCUGUAGAAUUGCACAUUACAGGUAUCAAAAUCCGGAUUGGGAGACGAAGGAGAUCAUGGAGACCCAUAAUUAAAUCCAUAAUUUUUCAAGAUUUAGGAACGACAACGAGUGAUUUGUAUACAGGCAUACACAAUACAUACAAUAAAGAUUUAUAAAUAUGAA